AUGCGACUUCCUGUCUCCUCUCUGUCUCCUUGUGCAGACGACCGCCCCUACGUCUGCUUCUCGUGGCGAUACCGCGACGCCUUCUUGACGCUCUCCACCGACCGCCGCGUCAUCUUAGGCCACAAGGGGUGGAGCAGUGCCUUUGCGACGCACUGCUCAGAGAAAGAUAAGUGGUAUUUCGAGGUCGAGGUCUUGCCUAGCGAGACGCAGAGCCUUCGCUUCAUCGGAUACUCCCCGGAGGGCCUCCCGCCCCUCAAAGCGCAUUGGCGAGUGGGAUGGGCGUGUCGGUACCAAAAGUACGACGUGCCCAUUGGAGGCAACGCGCACUCGUUUGCGCUCUGCGGCGCAUGCAACGAAGUCCCGACGGUUGCCACUGGAGGGCUUAGGAGGCCGAUCGCGAGUUAUGGCGCGUCCCACGACCUUCCCGAGCUGAAAGAAGGAGACAUUAUCGGCUGCUUCUUGACGCUCCACGAGCCUCGUUGGUGGCUGCCUGACCCUCGAAAGGAUCCGAAGCUUCACGAGUUUCUUCAGGCGGGAAUCCUGUGCAGUCCUGAUGCCCCGCCGCCCUGCGUUGUCAAUGAGGGGGCGUGGAUUGAGUUUUCUGUCAACGGACAAAGGCUCGGGCGUGUCUUCGAAGGCGUGAUCGGAAACGGCGUGUAUCACCCAGCUGUCUCGCUGUAUAUGGGGGCGAAGCUCAAACUCAAUCCAGGCCCAGACUUUGCUUUUCCGCCUCCUCCCUCCGAGGGCUUUCAGCCGUGCAGCGACAUGCGCAGACCUCACAUUCCCUGA